UCAAGACUUUGACUGAGGAGGAUAUUGAACCAUCGUAGAAUCGUGUGAGGUUUAGAGUGAUUCAGAAGAUACGUCAAGAUGACUUCAGUAGUGAUGGAAACCAAAGAGCAACCAUCGGCACCACACCCAGGACCCCACCCAGGACCACACCCAGGUCCAGGAAGCACCAGGACUCGACCCCCAUCCUAUGAAUUCGAUACACCCCUCACUGCUCGAGAUACUGAAGGUGACGAUACAUCAUCUACUGGUAUAUCUAUUAGGAUGACCGGAAUAUUACAUCUCAUCUUUGGUUUAGCGACCAUCUUAGCUGGUGUCAUUGCAAUCAGUAUUGAAUGUCGUCUCUCUUACUAUGCUGUACCAGUGUGGGCUGGAGUUCUGUGUUACGUAACAACUGGAAUUAUUGGGAUCAGAGCAUACUACAAGAAAAUGACAAAGGGGAUGACGACCUCAUACAUGGUGAUGUGUAUGUGUUCAUCAAUCUUAUCUGGAGUUGUCUUCGUCAUGUAUGUCAACGUCGCUCUCGAAGAAAACUAUGCUUACUCGUGCUUCUCACAUGACUUCUGUCGAACUCAGCGUAUUCGAACCAUCGUCGACAUCGUUGUCGUGUUGCUGUCAUUUUGUGAGUUGGCUGUAGCGAUCACCGGAGCGUCACUGACCUGCUGUCGAAUCUGUCAAUGCUGCAAACCCAAGCCUUCUGCUGUUAAUAUGGUAUACUAUAACAACCAGCCUGGUGGAGGCCAAGCUAUACCGCAGUAUGCAGGAGCAUCAUCCGGUCAGACAAUGAUGGUACAAGCAGCUACCUACCAGCCUCGUGAUGCGACCCCAUCUCAGAUGGUUCCUGCACCCCAGCCUGAUGAUUCAGCUCAGAUGACAGGUGUGGUGGUGACCCGAUCUAGCCCCAUCCGUACCGCCACUGGUUCCUUUAUCUCCGACACCGUGGACCCCACCCCUCCUAUGGCUUCGGGAGGAGAAGAGAAGACUCCGCUGUAAAAGGAAUACCAUCUUCAUCAUUAUCUAUUGUAUGAGCUUUCUCUGUGAAUUAUGCCUUUUUAUUCCAUUUUCUCACAUUUUGAGUGA